CUGCUGACCACGGCCGGAGCCUUCGCCGCCUUCUCGCUCAUGGCCAUCGCCAUCGGCACCGACUACUGGCUCUACUCCAGCGCACACAUCUGCAACGGCACCAACCUGACCAUGGACGACGGGCCCCCGCCCCGCCGCGCCCGCGGCGACCUCACCCACUCGGGGUUGUGGCGGGUAUGCUGCAUCGAAGGGAUCUAUAAAGGGCACUGCUUCCGGAUCAAUCACUUCCCAGAGGACAACGAUUACGACCACGACAGCUCGGAGUAUCUCCUGCGCAUCGUGCGCGCCUCCAGCGUCUUCCCCAUCCUCAGCACCAUCCUGCUCCUGCUCGGUGGGCUCUGCAUCGGUGCCGGGAGGUUCUACAGCCGCAAGAACAACAUCGUCCUCAGUGCUGGCAUCCUCUUCGUGGCUGCAGGCCUCAGCAACAUCAUAGGCAUCAUCGUCUACAUUUCCAGUAACACGGGCGACCCCAGCGACAAGCGCGACGAAGACAAAAAAAACCAUUACAACUACGGCUGGUCCUUUUACUUCGGAGCCCUGUCGUUCAUCGUGGCCGAGACCGUGGGCGUCCUGGCCGUGAACAUUUACAUUGAGAAGAACAAAGAGUUGAGAUUUAAGACCAAACGGGAGUUCCUCAAGGCUCCGUCCUCAUCCCCCUACGCCAGGAUGCCCAGCUACAGGUACCGGCGACGGCGCUCCCGGUCCAGCUCCCGGUCCACGGAGGCCUCGCCCUCCAGAGACGCAUCGCCGGUGGGCCUGAAGAUCACCGGGGCCAUCCCCAUGGGCGAGCUGUCCAUGUACACGCUGUCCCGGGAGCCCCUGAAGGUGACCACGGCGGCCAGCUACAGCCCCGACCAGGAGGCUGGCUUCCUGCAGGUGCACGACUUCUUCCAGCAGGAAGUGAAGGAAGGCUUGCACGUCAGCAUUGAUCCUAAUGAGAAAAGCCCCGUGGCCGACUGCGGCUUUGACCUUUGUGCCGUCCUGGGGCCGGCUCUCCUUGGCCUGAGGAGACCGAGGGCCGUGGAGGAAUUCACAGAGAAGGAGGCCUUCGCUGGCCUGGGCAUGCGGUAA